AUUGAUUCGAAGUCUUCUGCUGAAGCUAAAAAAUAUUCCCAUUUCUGCAGCUAACCAAAUACUAGGGGGGAAUUCAUACUCCAGUGACCAACUGAUUUCAAAAAAGGAUGUGCAAUCCUGUAGUAACACACCUGAUGACAAUUUGACUCUCCUCAAAGGCCUGAAACUGAAACAGGGGUUGUGGUAUCCAAGGAAACUAACUGAACGUGUUGGCAAGUUGGAUGUCGACAGGAGUUUGACACCAUGCCAGAGGUAAAGCCGACUGACCACUACUUGGGGCCUUUGAAAGAAGACCUUGAGGAACUCUUGGCACGUUUCAAGCAGACAGACAGUGUCCGAUAUGAGCAUUUCUCUGCUAUUUGGAGAGACAUGAACUUCUCAUCUGUGAACUAUGGCUUUCUUCGAGCUUAUGAGAAGAGGCACUUCUCCAGAUCAGCGUUAACGACAGCCUAUGCCUACCUCCUGCCUCCUUACAACUUCCAGAUCAGGGUGGGGGGACUCUACCUGCUUUAUGGCCUCUAUAACUCACAGUUGGCCUCGCCUCCAGAAAAGAUCUGUGUAGCUCUGAAGGAUUGGGAUGACAUUCAGAAGUUUAUCCAGAAUGCGUGGGAUGGACAGCACUUGGAUGUGAUCUACAUAUACUGGAAGCUAAUGUCCUCGAAGGCCUUCUUAUACAGUGCUAUGCCUGUUCCGUUGAAUUUUGAAAAAAAGCGCCCCAUUCCGAAGCAUCAAGAGCAGGAAUUGCCCACAGAGCGCCCUGAACGAGCAAAGACCUUGCUCUUCUCAGAUACCACCAGGGAGAUGAAGCAGAUCCAGGACCGCUAUGAGAAAAUGAAGGCGGCCUUGUCCUUGACCGCCACUGUGAAUGCUACUCGGCGGGAUUUGGUCAAGCGAAUACAGGACUACGCCCUGGCCUCGGAGCAGCAGGAACCCUCCAGAAAUGCCAGCAAAGAUUGCGCUGAUUCUGCAGAAGUCUCAGACAGGGAAGAGUCUUCAAAGCGAGCACUGCUGCUUGCUUCCAUCAAGUCCAAGUCCUAUGGCCUCGUCACACAGGCAUCUAAGUCCCGUCGCCACCGUCAGGUGGAGUGUGGGUCCAUAAGCCCUUCGCCUGACCCUUACGCAACGCAUUAUGCCAAUGGCAAGAAACGUCACAUUUCCCUGAAAGUGCGGACCUGCAGAGCCCUUGGAGAGGAACCAAAGGACGAGGAUGACCCGAAGCAACACUGGCUCUUGAGCGUUGCAGAACAUGACCGGUCAUGUUGGAAACGAAGAUCGAGGAACAGAUUCAAGUGGGAUUGAAUUGGGUGAAACAUCAUCGAAAGUAUAUUUUCGACAAUGUAGCUGUUAGAGAGAGAUUUAUGUUUAAGAAUAAUUACAUGCAUAACACCAUCUUUAUUUGUACAGUUUAUUUUUUUGUUGAUGUUAGUUGGUGUACUUACAGUAUGCUUCCCUAUGUUUGGUUUUAUUAAUAAAGUUGGUUUGUGCUGUGUUGCACACUGUAAAUUCUGUUUG